AUGCUAAAACGUGUCAGGACGCUCGAGGAUGCCCAGCGUAAGGUCUGGACGAACAUUGCUAGAAAGGAAGUUGUGAAGGUGUACAAGUAUCAUUCUCAGGGCUACCUCUCCCGCCAAACUCAGUCGAAGCGAAUUGCGGUGCUGGCUUCAAUACAGGCGCGCAAGCCAUAUACAAAGAGCGCCAAAGCCGUCAAAGACGUUCAGGCGAAGGGCAAACGCCUCAUGCGUGAGAUGCUUGUAUUCUGGAAGAAGAACGAGAAGGAAGAACGGGAUGUCCGGCGGCGUGAGCAGAAAGAGGCUAUGGAUCGCGCGAGGGUGGAGGAAGAAAAGCGCGAGGCCGCUCGACAAGCCAGGAAACUAGAGUUCCUGAUCAGCCAGACGGAGUUGUAUAGUCAUUUCGUCGGAAACAAGCUGAAAACUGCCGAACUCGAGGGUGGAGACGCGGCACUGGUCAACGCACCUGCAGGUGCCGACCUUGCCGAUUCGGAAGAGGGUACGCUGCAGGACCUCGAUUUCGAUGACGAGGACCACACGAACAUCCACCGGCAUGCGCGAUACAACGCGCAGGCUGCCAUUGCUCUCGCGAAGCGAAAGGCAUUGGACUUUGACACUCAGGCUGCUCUCGAGCGCAAGACCAAUGAGGCUUUAAAACUUGCGAAGCGGCAAGCGCAUAUCCGUGCAGACGAAGAUUGUCGGUUAUCUAAAUUGUCAUUAGUGGACUCGGACGAGCUGAACUUCCAGAACCCGACCUCAUUGACUGGGGAGCUGACGGUCAAACAGCCCAAUAUGCUCAUGGCAACUCUCAAGGAGUACCAGCUCAAGGGCCUGAAUUGGCUGGCGACUCUGUACGAGCAGGGUAUCAAUGGUAUUCUCGCCGACGAGAUGGGUCUUGGGAAGACCGUACAGUCCAUCUCAUUACUGGCGUAUCUCGCCGAAAAGCACGACAUCUGGGGGCCAUUUCUUGUCGUCUCGCCGGCAUCCACAUUGCAUAACUGGCAACAGGAGAUCACGCGAUUCGUCCCUAAGCUCAAAGCUCUACCUUACUGGGGUAAUGUCAAGGACCGAGCGACGCUGCGGAAAUUCUGGAACAAGAAAGAGAUCAGCUAUGAUGAGGACGCUCCUUUCCACGUCUUGAUCACGAGUUAUCAGCUAGUCACGCAAGAUCAGCAGUACUUCCAACGAGUCAAAUGGCAGUACAUGAUACUUGAUGAGGCACAAAACAUCAAAAACUCGUCCAGUGCUCGGUGGAAGACCCUGCUAGGAUUCCAGUGCCGGAAUCGUCUUCUGCUGACAGGUACUCCUAUCCAGAACUCGAUGCAGGAACUGUGGGCCCUACUGCACUUCAUCAUGCCGAGUCUGUUCGACUCGCAUGACGAGUUCAACGAGUGGUUCUCCAAGGACAUCGAGAAUGCUGCAGAAAACAAGGGGAGCAGGCUGAAUGAGCAUCAGUUACGGCGUUUGCAUAUGAUCCUCAAGCCAUUCAUGCUGCGUCGAGUCAAGCGCCAUGUGCAGAACGAGCUCAGUGACAAGAUCGAGAUAGACAUCUAUGUUGAUCUCAGCGCGAGACAGCGUGCACUGUACAAGGCUCUGCUCGCGAAUGUCUCAGUGGCUGACCUUCUUGAGAAAGCUGCGAAUAUCGGAGAUGCUGACUCGGCUCGGUCUCUGAUGAAUUUGGUCAUGCAAUUCCGCAAGGUCUGCAAUCAUCCGGAGCUCUUCGAGCGUGCAGAUGUGGUCGCUCCGUUCUCGUUCUCAGACUUUGGGAAGUCUGGCGCCCUCAAUCGUGAGGGUGAUUUUGUCCUGCUUCCGUACUCAACGCGCAAUCCCAUCGAAUUUGCGGUUCCGAAGCUGCUAUAUGAGAGCAGCAGUCUGUUCGGCGAGCCGAUACAAGACCCAGAAGUCGAGGGACGAGGCGACACAAGGAGAACCGCCCAGUUGAUGAAUAUUUGGGCAACAGAUUGGAUUCACCGCUCAUACUAUGAUAAUGAAGAAUCCACAUUCUCAUUUUUGAGGUUGCUCGACAUUUCCCCAAGUGAAACCCACACUCUGCAUACGUCUAAUCUACUCCGACGGCAGAUGCUAGUAUCAGAGAUGCGAGCCAAACAAUCUGAGCUAGCACCGUACAUCUGGGAUGCGGACUUUGCUGCGCACAAGGCCCCUCACUCGUUCCGACUGCCAUCCCGUAUCAUCGUACGUGAUAUCGAGGGCGGCGAAGGUCUACCGGAGCUUCAGUCUAUCUCAGCCGAGGCUUGGAUGUUGUCAUGCUUGUCGCGGAGAGACCUCAAGUUGUUCACACCUCCUGUUGUUGCUCCGCCGAUCUCACUAUAUUGCGCGGACCGCACCUUCGUCGAUCACCAGGCACAGUUACUCGAGUCUCCUGAGGACUCACUUGCUCUGUUUGGUCUUCCACAAUCUGCAUGGAAUUCGGAAGAGGCAUGCUUGGAGUAUCACCAGAAGUUGCCCGGUGUCCAACCAUCCGGUCUCAUUGGAAAUUCACCUCCAGACCAAUUGCCGCUGUCGACGAUGCAAGUGCCCGAAGCGAAGCGACUCAUUUACGACUCCGCUAAGUUGGCUCGUUUGGAUUCUCUCUUGCACGAGCUGAAGGCUGGAGACCACCGGGUCUUGGUCUACUUCCAAAUGACUCGUAUGAUGGACUUGAUGGAAGAAUAUCUCAUCUACCGACAAUACAAGUACCUACGUCUGGAUGGAUCCUCCAAGCUCGAGGACAGACGGGACAUGGUCAUGGAAUGGCAGACAAGGCCUGAUAUCUUCGUUUUCCUGCUCAGUACACGUGCAGGUGGAUUGGGUAUCAAUUUGACUGCGGCCGACACUGUCGUCUUCUACGAUCAUGACUGGAACCCUUCUAAUGAUGCUCAGGCUAUGGAUCGUGCACAUCGACUAGGACAAACCCGCCAAGUCACCGUGUACCGCCUGAUCACUAAGGGCACAAUAGACGAGCGUAUCGUCCAGCUGGCAAGAGUGAAGAAAGAUGUGCAAGAUAUUGUUGUUGGCAACAAAAACUUCACAGAUGUCACAAAGCCCAGCGAGAUCGUGCAGCUUCUGCUCAAUGAGGACCAACUAGCGAGUCUAGACGGCGCCAAUGCUUCCGUCAAGGGCAAAGGGAAGAGCGUCCCAAGCUCGACGCAGGCCAAUGGCAACGCUGUCCGCGACCUCUGGAACGAUGAGGGCGACGAAUUCUUUGGGCAACCAGCCUCAGCGCAGCCUGGUCCUGGUUCCAAUGCGGAUGGUGCCGACGACGACAGCGCGCCCCCUGCUCCUAUCUCUACCGGCCGCGGGCGUGGUAGACGGCGUAAAGGAGAGGCCGCUGCCACUCGUGGGCAUAAACCAGGACCUGGACGCGGAAGGGGGCGAAGGAAGGCUCAGAUGGUGGAUGUUGACGGGGAGUAGCUUGCCUGCGUGCUUAGCUUCGACUAGGUCUAUAUUAUAUAUGUUGAUCCAUGCUCUGCAUUCACUCGUUACUGUAUUGAAUUACGUAGAUUU